AUGUCUGACGAUCAUCACGACGACGAGCACUUCCACACCGGAGAGUCGGGAGCCGCCGCCACUUUCCCGAAGCAAUGCUCUGCUCUUCGCAAGAACGAGCACGUCAUGAUCAAGGGACGUCCGUGCAAGGUAAGGCAACUGUCGACGGGUGUCAGAAUGAGUGCAAUGAAUGACUUGGAUAAGUUUCGGCUGAAAUCAAUUGAUGCCAACUUUUAAAAUGCUGAGCACUUACUUACUUUCGGAUUCGAUCUUCUUCGGAUUUUGAAGCAUUCAUGAGCAGAACAUCAUUAAUUCCUUUUUGCAGAUCGUCGAAAUGUCGACCUCGAAGACCGGAAAGCACGGUCACGCUAAGGUCCACAUGGUCGCCAUCGACAUCUUCACCAGCAAGAAGCUUGAGGAUAUCUGCCCGUCCACCCACAACAUGGACGUGCCAGUCGUCAAGCGCCGUGAGUACUUGGUCAGUCCUUCGUCCGCCCCCUCCCCCACCGCCAACUCGGUCCUUUCCAGCUGAUGGCCAUCGAUGACGGAUACUGCUCGCUGAUGGACCCAGAGACUUGCGAUCAGAAGGAUGACCUCAAGCUCCCGGACAACGAGCUCGGAAACCAGAUCCGUGAGGCGUUCGAGAAGGACGAAGGAUCCGUGCUCGUACAGGUCGUCUCCGCCUGCGGAGAAGAGGCCGCCCUCGGAUGGAAGGUCAGCACCAAGGAAUAAAUGCCCGUUGCUCACUCAGUUCCGACUCCUGCUCGCCCCGCCCACAGCCCAUCACAUCCCUUUCACAGUAUACGUGAGAAGUGUUCCCAGCAAAAGGAACACCAUCAUCAAGUGCUCGUGUGUCCAUGUUAUUUUCUUGUUUUUCAACCUCAGACAAUAAAUUAUCGAAAGGUUUGAUUCCUUCGUUUCUUUCUGAACCAUUAACCACUUUCAUCCUCCUUUUGUUCCCUCAAUUCAAUUCACUGAUUGCCUUCUUCUAUCAUCCCAUAGUAGGUAAACAUGGCAGCCAGCGGCAAGCUCUGCUCCCUGUUCCCCCGGCCCUCUUAUAUCCGUUUUACUUUCGUUCAUGUUUCCCCCAUUACCACUAAACUUGAUUUAUAAAUGAAGUUGCACGCAGCUUUUCGAUGAUCUGAUUGGAUUGAGGGACAGCCACUGACUGAGUAGAUUUCAUUUCCGGCAGCGAAUCAGCACCCCUCCUUACAUAGAAAUUCUUCAGACUUUCUUAAAUUGAUAUUUUUGGACGAACUGGUUCUAGUUUUCAGAAUUCAACUCUCUCUUUGCUCGAAACUCGGAACUCGUCUUGCAAAAUUGAAUACAGUUUCACAGACGAAAGUGGGUUUGGUCUCCAUUUUAAUGGAAAAGCACUUGGAAGGCUGGCUGCGGAAGAUUCGCAUCCUUAUCACUCACUCAGUAGUUUGCAUUGUUUCGGUUUGUAGCGAGGACUGUCGAAAAAAUCGGAGGGCCGUUCGACAGGAUCGAUUCGUUCGAAUGAGAGAGACCCACCGUCUCGACCAUCUCUGACGCAAGCAUUACGGUACGCAAUGCAGGCGCGCUCCAUCGCAAAUUCCGCUCUUUUUUGUUCCAGAUUUGGUCAAGAGAUACACAGAAAACACGUGACCACUUUCCCCUGA